AUGCCCGACCCAGUCGCAUCGACGCCUGAGAUUCCCAAAGGGCUAUUCCCUCAUCAACCAGCAGUCCCUUCUAGCUCGACCGAGACAAAAGGCCAUGAUCCGUCCAAGGCCAAGCUCCCGAACGGACUCGUCCUAGAUAAGGACGGAAAGCCAUGUCGACUCUGCACCGACGCAGCAUCGUGGCGGUCUCUGACAAAACAAGCAAAAGCAUCCUCCUCCACCCCUGCAUCAACCACAGCAACAACAACAACAACAACUACUACAUCCCCCACUGCCAAUGGCUGCCCUCCAGACGUUGAAGAGCUCGGCCGCUCAACAUGGACCUUCCUCCACUCCCUCACAGCAGCGUACCCGACCCAAGCCUCGACAGAACAGCAGACGGAGAUGCGGUCCUUCCUCAAGCUCUUCUCGCGACUAUACCCAUGCUGGGUAUGUGCAGAUGACUUCCGGACCUGGAUGGCGGAACCCAGUGGGCGGAACGAGCCGCGGCUCGCGUCACGGGCGGAUUUCGGGACCUGGAUGUGCGAGGCGCACAAUGAGGUCAAUCGCAAGUUGGGCAAGAAGGAGUUUGACUGUCGCUUCUGGGAGGAGAGGUGGAGGACUGGCUGGAAAGAUGGACGGUGUGAUUGA